CUCGAGUCCCUGGAGCGCCCCGCUGGCCUUGAGCGGGCGGCGGGGGUAACCCUGCUUCCCAGAGAGGCGCUUCCGAAAGGACGGUUGGGGGCCUUGCUCAGGACGGCGAGCCCAGAGCUGAUCAGGGUCUCCCCGGAACACCUUCCUUCGGGUGGUUGCUGGGCUCGGGGAUGGGAGGAAUGACCCGGUUCCCCUGAACACAGGCGCCUGGGCUUCCCCCCGGGUUCGAGCCCCCCCACCCCGCAUUUCAGGGCCUUCUCCAGGCAGGGCUGUUGGUUUCUUGCAACCUAAUGCCGGCCGGGCCUCCCAGUGUCCUGCGGACAGGGACUGAGGGCAGAGUGUCUGCGGGGCGCCACGGACACAGCCACCUCCUGCAGGGUCCCCCUGGGGGGCUCACCAGCCUCCCGGACCAUGCUUCCCCCGCAGAGCGUGCUCGGGAGAGCUGGGCCUGGAGCCUGCUAUGCGGGCUCAGCCUGCUCUCAGGCCCCCGCGGGUCAGAGGACUGGUGCAGGAGAUAAGCCUGCAAAGCAGCUUGCGGACGCUGUGGUGUGCAGGACAUGGAAGACUCAAAACUAAAGCUUCCUCAAGGUCUCCUGGGCAUUGAGUGCCCCGCUGGGCAUCACUUCCACAGGCCAGCGAGGUGUAUUCUGUGACAAGGGCUAAGUGGGGGAGCCAGACAUUAAGCACAUAGUGGGGCUCAUCUCACGGCCCUUUGGGGUGUCCUGCUUUCACCCCUGCCCGACAGGAGAAAACUAGGGCAACUCAAGGCAGCUGUCAGUGCCCACACCAGAAUACCAGUCCAGGCAGCCCCAGUGGCCUCCCCCUUGUUCUGCCCAAGACACUGCUGGACAGGGCUUGCCUUGGACCCAUACCGCUCCUGCUUACUCCUGCUUGGGGAGGGAUAAACCAUGCAUCCAGCUUUAGGCCAGAGGCUGGGGAGGGGGGUGGUGUGCUGGGAGGGGCCCGGCUCACCAGAGCGCAUCUCCAGGUGAAGCGGAAAGCUCUCGGGUGUGGUGCACACUGAGGGUGGCUUGGAAGACUGUCCUUGACUAGGUCACCUCAGGUGUUGCAAAGCACUUCAGCCUCAAAAUGAGGGCAUCUUUAAUUGUGCAACGCAGAAUCUAGACAUAGUCGACAUAGUCGUAAGUGUUCUAUUGAGACCCAGAUGUGAGAGCGAGUUGCGAAAGUUCGCUUUGAUGACUUUUUCUAUCAAGUCAAAUAAUUAGUUUAAUAACUUUUAUUCAUUAAAUGUUGUCACGACAGCCACUCCUAGAAUCGACCUGGUGGCCUUGGCUGCCUGCUCAGUCCCAGCAGGGACCGCAGCAGAGGCAACACAGUGCUGCUGAGUAGCGCCUUGUCCUCCCCUCACAAACUGGGUCUGCGUGUGGGCCGAGCGGGGGCCCCUUGACCAGCUGGGCCUUGGUCUCCACCUGGACACAGGCCGAGAUCCCGUAGCUACAUGCUGGGGCUCGGCACUAGUUCCACAGAAGGACGGUUUCCUUGCCUGGACCGUGGUCUCUUCCAGCCCACGGAGUUACCGUGGUAAUGCAAGACGCCAGUUUUUGUUCUAAAAAGCGAUGUAUCAGCUGGGACAGCAUGGGGAAGAGCAGCUGUCAGGGAACCACAGGGACGGCUCAGAUGUUUCAGAGCCUCAUUAAAAAUGUUUGGACCCCCAUGAAGCCCUACUAUACCCAGGUCUACCAGGAGAUCUGGGUAGGAAUGGGGCUGAUGAGCGUCAUCAUUUACAAGAUCAGGAGUGCUGGUGAGUGCGUGUUCUGUUCUGACUCCCUGGCGAUCACAACUGAAAGAAGAAAGGAAUCCUGACUCCUGUUGUAAAGGAGCACGGGCUGAGUCAGAGCGAGUGUAGGCUCCUCGGUGGUUCUUCCUUAAAAUUUGGGGCGUGCACGGCAGCUGUCAGAGGUGCUCGGGCAGCCCUCCCGCCCUCCUGUGUCUCUGCAAGGGCCUCUCCUUUUCCUGAUAAGCCUGUCCUGCUGAAGAGUUGAGGGAGAGAGAUGUUUGGGGACAAUGAGGAAACAUGAAGGGGACCUUGCUGUCGGGGAGCUGCAUUUCCGGGGUGUGACGGUGGGAGACGCCUCCGUGUUACGAGGCGCCGUCUGAGAGUCCAGGCUGUCGUACCUGUGUGUGCCACAUGCCUCACUGUGCCUCGAAAGUUUCGGGCGUUUGCCUGCUGAGACCCGCUCCGAGGAGAGCCGACGUCCCAUCGUCGCUGAUAAGCCUAACCUUAAAGGAGCACAAAAUCUAAACCCCUGGGUGUGGCUUGAGAGAACCGUGGGGGCGCCCGUUCCCGAGACACCCUUGGUGCUUCCCCAGGACAGUGAACCCCCCAGCCCGGCGUUGGCUUCAACAGCGACUUGACUAGUGGCCUUUUUCCCCAGAGCUGUGAUUUGACCGGCUUUUCCUUCUUUGCAUUUUAGAUAAAAGAAGUAAAGCUUUGAAAGGUGAGUAGUCGCUGCUUCAGUGCCCCACCAGAAGGCUCUGUGGCAGCUCUGAACCACAGUUGGUGCAUGGCGGGC